UGGCAACGAAAUAUCUCUCCCAAAGCCAUUAAACGGAACUGAGUUUUGUCUUAUUGUUGACAUUUGCAGAGCCUAUGGCGGCACAAUUUUCCUGAUGUUUCCUCCGGGAUCUAGAGAGCUCCUCAGUCAGCUGAAGGUGAUAAGUGAUAUGGAGGAGAAGGGUGAUUUUAAGUUGUUCCUGUAUGGUAUUGGCUUGUCAAUAGUAAAGGAGAUAAACGUGCACCAUACAGCGUCGGAGUUGACGUUCUGGAAUGGGGAUGAAUUCUUCCAGUACCCAGUUUUUCCAAAAGCGCACAUUUGGGUUGGAGGAAGCGUCACCAAAAACGUCAGUAUCUUCGACAUCUCCGCAGAAACCGAUAUUUACCUAGGAUUUCCUCGUAACCCACUCUCACUGCUUACUCACGUAUUCCUGGAGGAGUGGAAUGCUCUUGUGAAACUGGACGUCGUUGCAUCGUGCACUCUUAAGUUUAAAUUGUUUGGCAAGCAACGAAGCAUAAGAGUUAAGGAGCUGGGUGUCUCCAGUCUGGAAACCCACAUGUCGGUUGGUGGCCUAGAACCAAGACAGUGGUGCGGAGUAAACGCCAACCCUCCAGGAAUAUUCUUGUCACUUCAGCUCAGCAUCAACCCCUUCAGGAACAUCCCCAUACUAGGUGAUUGGGUGUUUGACAACCGACACUCAGUCUAUGCUUUCGUUACCUACGACCAGUCAGACAAGAUCAAAAACUUGACAACCGUUGAUCUUAUUAGAGAUAUCAUAGAUAUCCAACAAAUCGUGGAUCAUUUCAUGGAGGUAUUCAAUGAAAAUCUACAGAGGUUCAAGGAUCUUCUCUCCAAUACCGCGGCAGCACUGCUGAACUUAGUCCACACCGCCCUAGCUGAUCUUAAGGCCGCCAUUCAACAAAUUGUAGGCAGUCUACUUAACCUCACAUUCCCCGAUUUCUCUGUCGUAUUAGACACCAUCCAUAAUACUUGGAGCGCCCUAAAGAUGGCAGCACAGAACUUCUUUGACGCCGUUGAGUUCAAUGUUGAAAUCGCCAAACACAACUUCACGGAGAUGAUCAAAUUCGAGGUGAACCGCAUAAAGGGAAAUAUAAACGCAACGAUCCAAAAGGCCAUGAGGGAAGUAACGUCUGUCACCGAUGAUUAUUCUGGAUUUGGCGUGCGCUACAAGACAACCAUUAAGGUAUUUGGUCUAGAAAUAUUUGGUCUUCAAAUUGAGUUUGUUUACUCAGUGGGGCAGUUGGGACAGUGUAGCAGGUUUCAGAAGGUCUACCAAUUGUUAGCCGAUGAGAAAGCAGCCCGUGCUUUGGCUAUCGUUUCUACGGAACAGAAACUGGGCUUUUUCUUGAAAUUAAAGAGAGGGGUGGGAAUCGGGGCUGCAUUCGGCAUAGAGAGCGACACAUUCAUUCUACAGCUUCACGCAGAGGCCGGUUUAUUGGGCAUCACAGCAGAAGCCGACGUGUUUAUAUCAAAGAACAGUUUGACAACUUACAUUGAGGGAAAGGUAUGGAGCCUCUUCCGCGCCAGGUUAACGAUGUCGGCCGAGCUUGGUAAAGAGUGGUAUCAACUGACAUACAUUGUGGAGGGAGCACUGCUGCCUGGUGGAAGUGACUCUUUUGAAGGGAGCUUCAUUGAUGCACUUAAGAAACUUGCCAACAAUCUUGCUAACGAAGCCAACAAACGAGUAACCCAAGCACAGCAGGGUCUAACUUGGGCUCAAGGUAAGCUAACCAAGGCCCAGAACUGGCUUGAGGAAAAAAAGGCAGAUGUUCGCAGGGCAAAUGGCGCAUUUGAUAGCGCCGUUGCAGCACUAGAACGUGCCAAGCAGAAAAUGGAGGCCGCAAAGGGACCUUUCCGCAGAGCUCUGGAAAAAUUGAAAGCAGCGCAAAAGGAUGUAGAUAAUCUGUGCAGGAUAAGAGACUGCGGAAAAAUCUGUAUACCAGGUCUAAAAUGUAAAUGGUGCCAUAAGAAAGUCUGGGGAGUCAAAAUCCCUUACCCUUGCUGUAGGUGGACAAGCUGCAUGGUCGAGAUACCGAAUCCCAUUUGUGUGGCUGCUAAUGUGGUCUGUAGAGGUAUCCGGUUGAUAGCAUACGGUGCCUUAGAACUGGCCAAGAUAGCCGUGAAAGUCCCAAUGGUCGCUCUGGAUUUAGCCAAGGCAGGUGUCUCAGUUGCGCAGAUCGUAGUAGACAAGUCAAGGGUGGUGCUGGACAUCGCUGUAGGUGCUUUGGAAGUGGCCAAGAUUGCAUUGGAAGGCGUUAAAGCGUCCUUUGAUGUUGCCAAGGCUGCUCUUGAAGCAGUAAAGUUUGCAGUGAGAGCGGCCUUCAAAGUGUUUGAGUUGAUCGCUUCAGGGCUGCAGUUCAUCUUAGAUGUUAGGCAGUGUGGGUUCCGAGUGGAGCUUUCUACCGUCGAUUUACCUAUUUUCGACGUGUCGUGUGAAGUGAACGCCUUCAGUCUCGGUUGGAGGACCGUAAGGAUAAGGAUCAACUUCAAAAAUAUAGUGCAGAGUAUAUUGGAAGCAGCUAAAGCUACAAUAAAUGCACUUCUUGGUGCGCUCAAAAACGCUAUAAGCGGUCGAAAACGCCGCGAGAUAGAGUUUGACGUGAACGCCAAGAUGCACACCUUAUACCGGGUGAUUCGCCAAACUGGGAGCAUCGAAGCAGGAGAACAACUAUUGAAUGAAACACUAGAUGUAAAAGAUAGCAUCACUGGAUUCAAGAACAGCACUAAUGAGGAUCUCAACAACCCUAGUGAUAAGGAAAACAGAGUUAAUAUAUUUGCAGAAAAAUGUGAGACUUUUAACGAAGCGGAGGGGUUUCUGCGCCGCGUGUUUGACUCCCUUUUAAGUGUUGCAACUGACUCCAAGGCAUCGUUAGAUAACGUGACGGCCAUGUUAGAGACCUUCCCAGAUGUCGACACCCCUCAACUAUCAAAUGGAUCAUUAGCGUCUUUCGGGGUUAAUGUCACGGUCGGUGAAUCUGAUUACAAUCUGACGGCUGAGGAAAUGGAGGCGGCGUUUUUGGAGACCAUGUCGAAUAUCACGGAUGAUCCGGAACUGAAAGAGGCUUUGGGAGCGUCUGCGUUUGCCAAGAACAUAGUUCUGGAGGAGGCAAAACAAGCAGCGAAGAUGGCGUUAGUGGAAAUGUGGAUCAGUGUCGCAGAAAAUAUCACGUCAACCACAUAUCCGCCGGAUGUUUGUGCCAACUUCAGAGAUUGUGUGUUGUACGACCUUGGACGUUUGUAUGAGCUCUAUAAUACCAGUCUACAGUUACCAGGUGUCGAAAGCAUCAAAGGCUAUAUUCCCGCUCUGGAGAAUUCGAUUCUGGCACUUGUGAACAGUGUGGAAGGCAUCGACGUCAAUGAGGCUUAUCGACAAAGCAGAGAGAUCGUGGAUCUUCUUGAUAACAUCAAGUACCAUGAUGUUUUCUGUAAAACCGCACCGCAAGUCAUCGCGGGACCCAGAAACACCACUGUUACGACUGGAGAGUCAGUGCAGUUCACAUGUCAGGCAACUGGUGAUCCCACACCAGACUACUCCUGGUUUAAGGAUGGUGAGGCACUGGGAAUAACCUCACAGACCUUGCGCUUGGAAUCGGUAACAGAUUCGGAUGCAGGAUCAUACUCGUGUCGAGCUGAAAAUUACAUAGCUGGCGAUGACUCAGAAUCUGGAUACUUAACCGUUACUAAUGAUGUAAUUUCAUGUCCGACCACUUUCUCCUUGAUGGCCCACCCCUUCGACUGUGGGAAGUUCGUGGUGUGCGUGUGGUCAACACCUGUGGUCAUGAACUGCCCCAGUGGCCAAGACGGUCCUCUGGUGUGGGAUCAGAGUAUACAGAACUGCAACUACGUCCGUAACGUACCGCGGUGUCAGAAUGACCAGCCCGGCGAGUAAACCACGCCUGGAUCACGUGAACAACAUGUUGUUAUCACGUGAUGCCUUCAUUAGAAGUCAGGAAGCAACGCUGAAGUUUGCUUAGAAAUGUAUGUUUGCUGUGAACGUUUUUGAUGCACUGUUACGCGUAUGACAGUGUGUGCCAUACUUACAGUUAUUCACAUUAUAUGCUUCAUUGCUAGUCGUAUGAAGCAACGAUAAGAAGACUGGAUUUUUCUUUUACUUAUAGAAUAUUCAUUUUUAUUAAGAAGUUAGUGCGAGAAGAUACCAAUGGCUUACGUUUGUUAUUAUAUUUAUCGAGUAAUCACUGUGUGUACCAUGCUUUGAGGCAAACCAAAUAUCACACACAUUGGAAAUUAAUUGAACUAUUUGUUAGAGGAUAAAUGCAUAAUACCUUGACGUUUCAAGUACAACAGCAAGCGUUUUUGAGCAACGCGCAAAUAAUACACAAAUUCGGAUCGUCAUAGUUACAGCAUUUAACGGUGUUUAAGAAACAGCCCGUUUUCAGUUUUGCUACUUUUAUGAAACAGCCCCAUUCGAGAAGUUUGCCUCAUUUAACAUUGAUCAAGAUUUUGAACGCUUUGAGUGGCAUGUUUGCUUGCAAGACAAAGGUGCUCCCUGUCUCUUGCAUCCCCCGUUCCUGUUUAUAUAUUUUCGCCUUAAGUUUUGCUUUAAACACCUCAUUUAUCAUUUCACUGGUUCUGCUGAUUUUGUCAAAUAUUCUUAAAUUUCAAGCUUAUGUUUUAUUUGUUUUAAAAAUUCUAAACAGUUAGACAUGUUGAUAACAGUUAAAUCUUUGAUUACGCUUCAACCUUGCGUAAAGCUUGACGACUACAUUAUGUUUGCUUGUACUUUGUCGUGUCAUAGUGUAAAUUUGAUCUCACGCCAUAUACAUGAAAUAGAAGCACCUGUAUCUACGAGUGUAUCAAGCUUUUUGUUUUUCACAGAAAUAUAAAUGAAAUUUUGAAUGGG